UGGAGCUGACCAAGCCUUAGGACUCCUCCCAGCAACAUGGAGGAGCAGUGCCAGCGUAGUGUGGCAUUUGACUGCACAUCCCAGCCAGCAGCCUGCUGCCCUGACUGGAUGGCAGGGCUUCCUGAUGCUCUGCCCCUCUCCCACCUCUCCAUCCCUGGCACCCAUGACUCCCUCAGCCUGUUUGGUGGCCGUCGCCUUCGCUGCCAGAGCUGGGGCCUGGAGGCCCAGUUGGUAGCUGGUGUCCGCUUUCUGGAUGUGCGCUGCAAGCUCGUGCGGGGCGAGCUGCACGUCUACCACCUCUGCACCUUUCAGCGGGCAAGUCUGCGAGGAGUCCUGCGCCGCACCCUGGACUUCCUCCGUGCCCACCCUGGUGAGGCUGUGCUCAUGCGCAUCAAGGAGGAGCUGCCCAUCUUCUCUCGGCCUGGAUUUGCCACUUGGCUACACCGUUGCUUGCUGGAGGAGGGACAGGACCACGUGUGGUGCAGAGAGGAAGUGCCAACGCUGGGCCAGGUGCGGGGCAAGAUCGUGGUGCUGGAGGCACUGACACGGGAGGUGCUGGGCAUCCCCUAUGAGCAGCUGAGCAUCAGUGACGCAUGGAAUGUGCUCUCACUGGAGCGCAAGUGGGCUCGGGCACGGCAGCACCUGGAGAGGGCAGCUGGUGGGGACCACACCACCAUUCAUCUCACCUUCUUGUCUGGCAACGGACUCUUCACCUGCCCCGAGGAUGUGGCCCGCUUCGUGAACCCUCGCUGCUACCAGCACCUGCAGUGCCGGAGGGGGCAGCCCAUGCGCUGGGGGGUGGUCAUCAUGGACUUCCCUGGGGCAGGGCUCCUCCGGCUCAUCAUGGAAAGCAAUGCUCCGUGGGCUAGCAGACAUAUCGAGGCAGCUCCUGGCACCCCCACGGUACUUGAGGCGCCCUUGCAGCAGAGGGGACAGGCGCCACAGGAGGCACAGAUCUGCUCACUACCCACGCCGAUGUCCAUCGGGACGGAUGCUGCUGCCGGCACCAUGCCUCUGCCGAAGGACAUCAGCACCUGUAAAGCAAAAGCAGGUUCCUAGUUCUGGCCGAGUGCCGGGAAGCCAUCACAUAACUGCAGUGAGACAGUGCCAGGGCUGACAG